CCUUCCCGGAUUGGCUGCCAAGUGUUGACUACAUUCCCAGUCUCGCGCGCUCCGGGCUCGGGUGUCUAUCUCUUACCGUCUGGGAUAAGAUUCCGAGGACAAAUAUUCAUCGAGCACUGGAUUUCGGGAAGAGAGGUGAUCCGAACAAUCCAGCUGCUGCCACCAUGCCAGGCACUUUGGCCUCUCAGGUGCUGACCCUAACCUAAAUCCAUCACUUCCCAAUUAAAAUUGUCGAUUCACGAAGGUAAAAGCGACCAGUCAACCAAAUGGAGCUGCCACCUGUCAGUCCAAUGAGAGAGGAAGACUCUUCUCAGUCUCAACAACAGUGGGAAAAAAACUCCUGGGAGAACCUUGAUCCAACUACUCAAUUUCCAACUGAAACUCUUGAACUGGGAGUGAGUCAAGAUCCAACCAAGCAGAUUCUAGGGAAUUCUAAAGGGUCUGAAAAACUAGUGGCUGGACUUGAAGGAAACUCUGAUAAGUUUCAUGAAUCAACCAAGGAGACGCUAGAGCCUUUACAGGCUUCUAAUCUCUGGUACUGUCCUGAUAGGAGCUUCGUCAAGAAGAUCAUAGUCCGGGGCGAUGGCUUGGACAAACCCAAGCUAGGUUCCCAUUGUCGAGUACUGGCUUUUGGGUUUCCUUUUGAGUCAGGGCUGCCAGAAGGCCCGACAGAACUAACUGUGGGUGUAGGAUCAUGGAAAGAGGACUCCUGGAGGGAGCUCAUUGAAAAGUGCUUAGAAUCCAUGUGUCAAGGUGAGGAGGUAGAGCUUCAGUUUCCUGGGCACUCUGGACCUCCGGUCAAGCUCAUAUUGGAAUCCUUCACUCAGGGUCGGGACUCCUGGGAGCUGGAGACCAGCGAGAAGGAAGCUUUGGCCAUGGAAGAACGUGCAAGGGGCACAGAACUAUUUCGAGCUGGGAACCCAGAGGGGGCCGCCCGAUGCUACGGACGGGCUCUUCGGCUGCUGCUGACUUUACCUCCACCUGGCCCUCCAGAACGAACUACCCUUCAUGCCAAUCUCGCUGCCUGUCAGUUGCUGCUAGGACAGCCCCAAUUGGCAGUCCAGAGCUGUGACCGGGUGCUGGAACGGGAACCUGGCCAUUUAAAGGCAUUAUACCGAAGGGGGGUUGCUCAGGCUGCGCUUGGGAACCUGGAAAAAGCAACUGCUGACCUCAAGAAGGUGUUAGCAGUAGACCCGCAAAACCGGGCAGCCCAGGAGGAGCUGGGGAAGGUGGUCAUUCUGGAGAAGAAACGGGAUGCUGGGCUGGCUCAGGGUCUGCGCAAGAUGUUUGGCUGAUUAAAAACUUAAACCUUAAAAGAGACAGGAACCUGUGAAUUGUGGUCUGUGCUGUGAGAUUUUUAGGGGCCCAGAGGAAAGGCUUCAGCCUAUGCUCUAUUUUUCCCGAGUGAGGUAGUGACCAUCUCAGUGCGUAUCUUUGCGGGGAAGCGUAUCCAACCAAAUACCUUGGAAACUUGUUUACAUUUAGGACUGGCUGGGGGAGGCGAAGGGAAAGGUGCCGGACCUUUAAAUCCUAUGGACUACAUUUCCCAGGCACCUCACCUUGGUCUGUUGUGCGCGUGCGCCAGCUGUGCGGCGCUCCCAUUGGUCUUGCCGGUACACCCGUUCUCUACAUUCACGUGCGGAG